AUGGCGAAGCGCCGCCGCUCGUCGUCCCUUCCCCUGGCCCUGCUGCCGCCGCUGCUACUUCUCGUUGCAGCCGGAUCGCUCGCAGUGGCAACCGCGCUUGACAGCUCCCCGGAGUCACGUCGUGGUCGAAGCCUGCAGCAGCUGCCAACUCCGCUGCCUCAGCCUCAGCCUGUGCCGCAGCCGCAGCCGGACCCAAACCCACAGCCCCAACCAGGGCCCCUGCCGCAGCCCCUGCCGCAACCAAAUCCAAACCCACAGCCGCAGCCCCUUCCGCAGCCUGAUCCAAACCCACCACAGCCUCUGCCUCAACCGCAGCCCCUGCCGCAGCCCGACCCAAACCCACAGCCGCAGCCCCUUCCGCAGCCUGAUCCAAACCCACCACAGCCUCUGCCUCAGCCGCAGCCCCUGCCGCAGCCCGACCCAAACCCACCACAGCCUCUGCCUCAGCCGCAGCCCCUGCCGCAGCCCGACCCAAACCCACAGCCGCAGCCCCUACCGCAGCCACAGCCAGGCCCACUCCCGCCGCAGCCUCUGCCGCAGCCUGACCCACAGACUCAGCCACAGCCCGUGCCGGUGCCAGACCCAAACGUGCAACCGGCCCCGGGGACCCAACCUGUUUCGAACCAAAAUCCACAGCCGCAGGCUGCCCAGCUAUCUGGAGGCCCGCAGCCACUUUCGGACGGCGGAUCAAGAAUGUUGAACCUGCAAUACGUGAAGUACAUAUUUUUAGAUCUUGUCGUUCUGCUACUGUAA